GUUGAGAGAACUGGAGUCACAUAUGUAUAUGGCACAAACACAAACUGGCGGCUCUGGUUUGGCAGUCAGUUCUUGGUCGUUCGUCGCCGAGUCGACAAGCAUAGUAUGUGCCCAUCAGUUCAUAACAAUUAUUUGAUUCACCAUCAACCCCAUAAUAAAUUAGUCUCUUACGGUUAUAGUUAGGGGGUUAUCAAAUUUUUAAAUCUCAAUUUCGCGCGUGUGUGUCUGUGUGUGUGAGAGAGAGACCCCCCCCCAAAUAUUUUUCUAGUCCAUUUAUCGAGAUUUUCUUUCUUUUUUUUUUCGAAAAUUUUCUUUUAGAGAUACUUAACAAUAAAUCAUUUCCCAGUGAUAGUAUGCUAUUUUACUGGAUAUUCUAGUGCAAAGUGCGCUUAUUUUUUUUUUAUUUAAUUAUUUUGUGUCGUGAAAACUAGAGAAAAAAAAAAUAGAAAGCUGAAUCGAGGAUUAUAAACAGGAGAGAGAAGAGACUGAGAAUAAUAAGGAAACGAACUGAUGAAGAAUUACUGAAGAUAAACGGAAAAAUAUUUUUAAAGUCGAUUUAAGGAAAACUAAUUAACAUUUUGAAACUGAUCUGAAGAAUUUAAAAAAAAAAAAUUCGACAUUUAGAAUAUUCCUAAGGAUUAUUUUUUGUUUUCUUUGGGAAAAUUUUGAGAAAUAAAAAAAAAAUGAGUUGUACUACCGCACCAAUAACUCCAACGAAGAUGUGUGAGACUCUUGUCAGCCAAUGCGAGAUACCGAUCAUCGACCUCGCACACGUGGGAACGGAAAGGUGUCCUCAGAAAGCAGUAGUGAAGCAGGUUGGCACGAAGCUGGUACAAGCUAUUUCUGAAAAGGGACUGGCCCUUCUUGUGAACCAUGGAAUUCCUGACUGCAAGUUGAAAGCUGUUUAUCGAGCUUUCGAUAAAUUCUGCGAACUUUCCGUGGAGGAUCGGGAAAAAUAUGAAUUUCACGCAAGCACCUCGCACGGUUACGUCAAACCAUGCGAAGAAAACAAAUUUUCAACAUCAAAUGAAAAUGAAGUGCGUCAUUCAUUCAAUGUUUGUGGCGAAGGUGGUCCACUUCCAGAGGAAGAUGUUCCUGGAUUUAAUACAGCAGUUCAAGAAUUAUCAGGAGAUUUUAAACAACUCGCAACAAUGCUAUUAACCGCACUUGCAAUUGGAAUGGAACAACCUCCCGAUUUCUUACUAUCGAAACAUUCACAUUUGAUGGGUUCAGGAAAUUGUACCUCCCUUCGAAUGUUGUAUUAUCCACCGAUAGGAGCACCAGAGCCUGAUAUCACAAGAAAUGGUGCUCAUUGUGAUUAUGGAACUUUCACUUUACUCACCCAGGACUGCGAGGGCGGCCUGGAAAUUCAAAGUCCAAGUGGUGAGCGUUGGUGGCGUGUUGGUCAUUUACCAGGAGCAAUUCUUCUCAAUACAGGAGAAAUUCUUGAAAGUUGGACCAAUGGACAAUUUAAAGCACUUCGUCAUCGUGUCAUUGUUCCCGAGCAUUUUGGUCGUGGACGUCAUUCAGUUGCCUUCUUCGUACAUCCUGACAAUGAUGUUGAAAUUGAACCAUUCGAUGUAAAAAUUCCAAAACCAAUUCAAGAACCAGCGCCCUGUAGACUUCAAAAAAAGAAAAUUACUGGUGUACUCACAGCCUAUCAACAUCUUCAACGUCGAUUUCGAGAAACAUAUGCGUCUUAACACGAAAAAUUUGAGAAAAAACAAAAUUUACAUUUGAUUUUUGAUCUGCCUCGAGAAAGAGAGAGAGAGUGAGUGAGAGAGAGAGAGAGAAAGAGAAACAAAAAUAAAAUCCAAGAUAUUCACGCAUUUACGUCCGUUUUUGCAUUUCGCUCCUUUUUGUUGAAACAAUGUGAAAUGAGAAUUUAAAUUCUUUUUUUUUUACGAUGAUAAAAAUUCAAUUUUCGACUUUCAGUCAAUUUUAUUUCGAAAUGUUCUUCAAUGAUAGACGAUUGACUGAAUAUUUUUCUUUUCCUUUUUUUUUUUUUUUUUUUUUUUUUUUUGAAACAUGACUUCGACAAAAAAAAGUUCCAAGUCCUGCAAUAAUAAUAAAAAAAAAAAAAGAUUUGUACUUAACGCAAUAAAAUUUUUGUUUUUA